AUGUUUGGGCAGGUUGUUGGUGGUGCCGGUCAUGGAGGCGUCCUGGUCCGGUCCGGCCCAGCUCUUUCGGACGAACUUUGUGAAACACGGUUGGCAACUGGUGCAGUGGUCAAGGAGGUUGAGACGACGGAUGGGCGGCUGUGUUACGAGCUAGUUCGAGGUGAUGGCCCCGCCACCGGCUGGGUUUCUAUGAAGCUGCGUGGGAGGGACCUUCUGGUGAAGGCUCACGACACUCACGAGGAGGAAUCAAACCGUGCUCAGCGCCGCGGCAGAUUCUCAGAAUGGGCAUCACAGAAGACAGAGGUCGCUGUGGUUGAGGAGGCUUCGACAGGAAGCGAUGUUGAGAUGGCAGCUGCAGGCGCAAGUGAGUCCGGAGAGAGCACCCCCGUUAUGGCUGUGGCAGAGAAGGAGCCAACAGAGGACGAGCGAGAAGCCUUGCGCCAGUACACGGAGAAGUUUGGGGAAUGCCGGGAUGGCUCCAACCCAGGCUACAGCCGGAAGGCGUUCCCAUGGUUCACCGGAAAGCCGCCUCAGGGGGAGAAGCUCUCCGCGGAGUCGCUGCAAGCUGCGCUGAGCUACCGGCCGACCAAGAAACGUCUGGUAAAGGUCAACCUCACUGAGGUGGAUUCCGAUCGGGAAGAAAUCCCACUCUGCACCCGUUGCUCUUUGCCUGUUGGCGAGUUUGCCUACCAGGGUCGCGAGGGCAAGGAUACUUGCGUUCACACCGAGUGCAUGGCACAGGUUCUCAUGAAGGAAGCCCAGCGCGAGGAGGAGCAUCGCACGACGCGGGAGAACAACAAGAAGCUGAAAAACCGCAGGGUACUGGAUGAGGCUUCGAAGACCGUUCGUGUUGCCGCAACGCUCGAGCCAUCGGCUUCGGUGAACCUGGAAUACCUCCUGCUGGCCCUGAAGGUGAGGAAGUCCGCCUCGCGAGAACCGCUCUUUUCCUUGGAUCCGAUUGACCCGAAGAACCUCGAGAGCUCGCCCCAGAAGAAG